AUGGACCAAACAAGAAAGGAUGUCGCACGACCGGUACUCCGCAUGGUGAGCCCACCAAAGACUUCAGCCAAGACACAACCCAAGGCGGCCAAGCUCUUUUUGCCCCACCAACCAAUAGAACGCCACCAAGCACCAACAAAAUCACUUGAACCAAUGGUGCAUCCAUUUGCUGAUAAAAGGAUUCCAGAGUCAAAUCUUGUGCUGCAAGGUGCACAACGACCAAAAGAGCGCCGUUCGAAGUCGAGAAGUAUGCGGCUUGCGAGUAUCCCCAUAUACACGAUGUCAAAAUUAGACAGAAAAGACAAGAAAAAGGUGAAGAAGAUGGACGUGCCGAUUAAUUGGUCGAAGUCAGACAUCGCGAAGCAGUCAAUGAUGUUUGUCUUAAAGACGAAUCACCCUUCGUCCCUUACCGCCGCCAACAACAAAAAGCCAAGACCACCCCAUUCUCUUAAUAUGAAGAUGCUCUUGCACUUACCACCACAAACCAAGCAACAACAGCCAAAAGCGAUGGAAUGUGUCAUGUGA